AUGUCUCCUUUGUAUACUCUUUGCAUGGAUCUACCAUCAGUUAUCCGUGGUUUCUUCAACAAGGUGAUCGAGAAUAUGCAUCUGCAUUGGAAGCAGAGAGAACUAGUGAAGCUUAUAUCGAAACAGAAGAGUCUUGGGUUUGUUAAAGACACAGCUCGGUUACUAGAAUACGAGAGCGGUGGAGUUCUUGUGGCAAUAGAAAAGGUUCCUAAAGGGUUUGCACUUAUUUAUUACCGUGGAAAUAAUUACCAGAGAAAUUCUGGUAAGGCGUAG